CUGAAUUCCCGUUAGUACGAUUAAUAAGGCCCUGCAGCAGGCCCCUCUCGACUAUGCUGCCGAUGUGCGAUGGUACUGAGGCGCACCCUUCUCCUUGACUAAGACGAACCGGGGAGCCUGUAGUAAGUAAAUGGCACGCAAUCGUGUGGCUGAACCGCCGAGAAACGGUCAGAUUUCAACUUUUUGACAGGACCAACACGGUGCAUAUGUAAGCGCUAGUAACCACUCACGUAUCGAGGGUCCUCGAUGAUAUGGGACUGGGGACGGCUGGCCCAUCACAUCGACGGGAUCCCUCCUGUGCCGCAAGUAUGACUGGACUCAUUCUGGCCGAGGUGGGUGGCACAGGUAUUCGCGUUUUACAUACCAGCCAUCUUAUCAGGUCAACACGAGCUCGGACCGCGUAGUGGUUAGGCGAUGUUGCUACUGGGCGUGAUUCCGUGUCUCACUUCUUAUAACAUCUGGGCGCGUUCCACGGCUAACGCCAAGCAGCCGGCACCUCUAAUUGACCUGUACCCAAUGCCAACCAACCCCCUUUUAAUACACCGAAAUUUAAUCGGAUAUCUGCAUAGUCUCCGUAACGUCUUGUCACUUGACGUUGACGCCGCGUUAGGGAUGUUUCCGCAUAGUAGUCGAAAGUCUCCCCCAUCUACUCCGCCUAACGAGCGAGACCCGCCUGCCGGUCGUGACGAGACUCGUAAGACAACCGGUCGCUUGCGCUCUGCCUGCGAUUCGUGCCAUCAGUCCAAGAUCCGGUGCUCUGGGGGGAACCCAUGUUCGACUUGUGAAUGGUCGCAGACUCGUUGUACCUAUAGCCCGGGCAGCCGGCUGGGGCGACCCAAGGGAAGCAAGAACAAGCGGUCCUUGAUGCGAGAAAACGGCAAGGAUAGUGAUAAGUCCCCGAAGGACGCGGCGAAAAGCGGCGCAGACGUCGUUCAGUGGGAUUCCGGGCAGCACCAACUUGAGAAACAGCACCACCAACAACAACUAACACCCCCCGUCGACUCCAUGUCUUCCGACUUCGACAUCGAUCACGAGUUCGAUUCUGCUUUCGCUGAUAGCCUCGUCGCCGAUAGCGCCGGUGACCUUAUGCUCGAUCCCAACAUGAGGUUGAUUGACUCGAUGAGAGCGGACGAAACCUUGAACCUUCAAGCUCUACUUACUGAGACCGGAAGUGGUGUACUCCGCCAGCCAUCCGGCCCGUACCGGCCGGAAGCACUGGAAUUCCCAAAGUAUGACAGUGGCUAUGGCACCGGUACUGUCAGUCCAACUACCGAUGCCUCUCUGCCAAGCCCUGGCAGUGGUGUGUUCCCUAGUAAUAAUCUCAGGGGGCUAUGCGCGGCAUCUUCUUUAAACCCCCCGCAUUGCUUGUGUCUUCAGAAGCUGGUGAGGUUGCUUUACCACCUGGAGGACCUGAGGCAUUCGCAACUGAACAGCCCCUCUGUCGACUCAGUCUUGCGCGGAGUGCAAUUGGCCGAGGGCCCUUGGAAAAGCCUCGCGCAAUGUAAUCGGUGCCAGAAUGAAGAUAACCAGACCGAGGAGUUCCUCUUGUUUGCCUUGAGCAUUCGGAUCCUCCUAUCCCUCGUCCAGAAGCUCAACGGGAGCAGCCCCCGCCACACGGACGCCCCCUCGGAGAUCGCCGUCUCUGUCGGCAGUUUCGAACUGACGGGGGACGCAAAGGCCGAAGUUAUUAGCAUGGCUAUCCGGAGAGCUUUGCACGUUAUCUCGGCUGCCUUGCGCCACGUCUGGGAACGUACAGGCCGGCAAAAGACGUUCCCGAUCUCUGAGCUUGGCAUUAUCAGCAGCAAUACUCCGCCAAGCCCUACUAGCAUGCAUCCGGGUUCGUCGAAGGAGGCGCAGAGACAACUUACUCACAACGCCCCUAUCCCGCCAAAUCUAGGGACCGAGAACGUAGCAUCUUUGCUCACCGCUCUGCAGAACACCAUGAAGGCCAUGGAACAAGAACUCAGGAUGUGUGCGUAACAGAAAUCUCCGGGUCUGGAGUUUUUAAGGAGCUGCGCAGAACCACAGACUAACAGCGGAGAAAAGGAGGGCGGAGUUUCCAUGAUAAUACAGGGAACUAAAGGCGGGCGUGAGACGGCGCUAUGCAAAGAUAUCCCAAGGUUCCCGGCCGAAGCGCGGGACAAGCCGAGGGGCCUUCGGCCAUAGUCUUAUGACCCAACUACGGCACUUUAUGUAGAUCAUCACUAACGCUCUAAGGGGCUUCGACACUGCAGAUGUUUCAAAUUCUGCGUGUUAGACCGCUAUUUAAGAAGGCCUGCGGGCGCAAUUGGUCGAGGGAGUCAAUCAUGCCUCGAAACGGCCAUGUAUCAAUACUCCGAGACUACGUCUUAAGCCGUCUUGCGAACCACUGUGUACUUAAUAUGGCAGUUAAUAUGCGUUGAUGCUCCUAACCACCCAUUUGCUGACCACGGUAACACGUUCUAUAG